AUGGACGCGAACCCUGUAAAAGCUAUAAUAUUUGACCUGGACAACACGCUUAUCGACACUAAUGGGGCUGGUCGAUUUGCAAUUCAGAAGGUGACCCAUGCACUUUUGAAGACCACAUUGGCUCUUGACGAUGACACCAUCACCAACAUUUGUGAAAAGUUCAAGCAGAAGCUUCUGCAAGAGAAAUUUGACCCAGCAGCUGGCAGAUCCAUCGAUGAGCUCCGAGUGGGUCACUGGGACGAAAGUAUUAAGGAAAGUAUGGACAGUUGUUCAACACCCACCCUGGCAGCUCAGUGCUACUACAUGUGGAAAAAUAGUCGAUUGGAGCUACUUUGUCUGUCCCCUGAAAUCUGCAAUCUUCUAAAGCAACUUCGGAGGAAAUAUAAGCUGUUGCUGCUGACCAAUGGGAAUUCUCAAACACAAAGGGAGAAAGUUGAAGCAGUCGGUUGUGAAGCCUUUUUCGACAGGAUUGUGGUGGGAGGAGAUUAUGCUGAGCAAAAACCUUACCCCUCUAUCUUCAGACUGUGUUUUGACCUUCUGCAGGUGGAGGCCCAGGACUGUAUUAUGGUUGGAGACUCAUUGGACACUGACAUUCAAGGAGGGUUCAUGGCAAAAGUGCGUGCUACAGUUUGGAUUAAUAAUUCUGGUGAUGCAGUGCCCGUUGGUGCAGUGAAACCUGACUACAUACUUUCAACUGUAUUGGACCUGGAUGAUGUAUUGGCAGAACUAAAUUAG